CGUCCACGCAUGCGCACAUUCAAACUCGCGAAUUUAACGACUUCGGUUCCCGCGUCUCGUUGUUUAGUAAUUAGUGUAAUGUUUUUGUUUGUUAAAUGUGAUUACUCGUAAAAGUGUGUUUUCUAAAAAGUCGCAACUGUGUUCAAUUCAUUCCGAAAACACCGUUGCGUCUUAAACGUCGCAAAACCCCACAAUGGACGAAAAUUCGGUGGUGAUGCCACGAAAGAGGAAGGGGAUUUCCCUGUCUCAACUCUCCCAGACAAACGGCGUCGCUUUCAACUCGAAGAAAAAACGCACCAGUGAUGACACCCAGAGACGUGCAGGCACGAUCAGUCGGAUGAUCCUCAAGAAUUUCAUGUGUCACUCAAUGCUCGACGUCGACUUAAACACCAUUAACAUCGUUAUUGGGCGCAACGGCAGCGGAAAGAGCGCCAUCCUCACCGCUUUGAUCGUGGGGCUUGGGGGCAAAGCAAGUCUGACUAACCGGGGAACAAGUGUCAAGGGCUUCAUCAAAGCGGGAAAAACCUCAGGCAGCGUGGAAAUACAAAUUUACAAUGGGGGCCCCAUGGGGUACCGACAGAGCAAGUACGGGGACAAAAUCACCAUACUUCGGAAUUUUACGUCAUCGGGGUCCGGCAGCUAUAAAAUAAAAAACGAAAAUGGCGAAAUUAUCAGCACGAGCGUCAAAGAAAUCCACAACAUCACCACAAGUUUGAACAUCCAAGUGGACAACCCUGUGUGCAUUCUAAACCAGGACACCUCAAGAAAUUUCCUUAGUAGCAGCGACCCCAAGCGCAAAUUCACCCUCUUCAUGAAGGCCACCAAACUCGAGACCCUCUCGGACGAAUACAAAACCAUCCACCUCAAUAGACGCGAGUCAGUUCGUCUCUUCGAAGAAAAGCAGACGAAUUGUCGGCUACUACAAGACGAAUUGCGCAGUUUGAAGAAAAAAAUCGACAAUCAUCGCUCGAUUGUGGGGAUUCGCGACAAGAUUAAAUUGUCGCAGGUUGAGUUAAUUUGGGCUAAAGUGCGGGACGCGGAAGAGGAGGUGAGGAAGGAGGAGGAGAACGUGGAUAAGUGGAACCAGAAGCACGAGAGUGCGCUGCACGAAUGCGCGACAAGGAGCGAGAGAAUCAAAAGUAUUAAAGAAAACAUCAGUGUUCUGACUCAGCAAAUCGCUGAACUCAAGGACACGAUUCAGGUGCAGUCAAGGCCACAGGCGGACGUGCGUAGAACGAUUGAGGAGUUAAGGGGUAAAUACGACGGCAAGAGGAGGGAGAGGCAGCUGUUGAGUAGCGCGAUCGAGACCAAGACGAAAGACGCAAACAUUUUGAACAACGAAAUCCAAAAUGCCAACGAGAAUAUGACGAGAGUGGAACAAGAGAAGAUACAGCGCCUGCGCGAACUUAACAGCAUGAAUGAGAAAAUCAAGGGCAUGGAGGAGCAUUUGCAGACGUGCAGGAACGAUUUGUACCAAAUUAUCAGCGACGUUUCGCGCAGAGACGAAGAGAAACAGAGAUUGAGGCGCGAAAUUAACCAACUGGAGCAUCAAAUAGGUAAUGAAAAGAGCAGUUUGAACGCCCUCAGCCGGGAAUCCGGAAACACUCUCCUCCUCUACGGCCAAGACAUUCCAAAAGUGAAAAAACUGAUUGAGCAAAACAAGCACAAUUUCAAGCACCUCCCGCGAGGACCUCUGGGUUCUUAUAUCAAACUAAAGGACAAAAAAUGGGCGGUCGCUAUUGAGAGUUUCAUCACUCCAGGUUUGUUGGGUGCUUUCGUUGUUGAUAACAACAGCGACAAUCACGCGUUACUGCAAAUAUUGAACAAGGUUAAGGGGCGAAAACCCAUGGUUAUCACGUCUAAAUUCUUCUAUGAAAAACACAACGUCCAACCCAAUCUAGUGAAAGCCCCCAAAGACUGCGUAAGUCUUUACGACGCUUUAGAAAUCGAGGAUCCCGUCGUUUCCAAUUGUAUAGUAGAUCAAACCGGAAUGGAAGGAAUUUUGUUGAUUCCUAGUAACGACCGAGCGAUGGAGCUCCUAUCGCACGCCGUCAACGUUCCUAGAAAUUGCCGCCAGGGGGUGACGGUGGGCGGCGAUAAGUAUUACCCAGAUCCGAACUACAAAACGUACGGAUCUAGGUACCACAGAGCGCAGUAUUUGCAAGUUGAUACCAAAGAACACAUCGUACAAUUAGAACAAAACAUUCAGGAACUAACUGAGAAAAAACAGGGUCUGGAGAAUCAGUAUAGUGGGAUUUGUCGCGAAAUUCGCGACCAAGAAACUAAGAAAAACCAACUAGAGGAAAAAAUUAAGAAAUUGAAUGCAGCGAGAGGGCAGAUUAGGGUGCAGCUGGACGAAUUGAAGGCCACGGCGGAGCCUGAGGUCGCCAACGUGGAAUUAUUGGAAACCGAAUUAGCGGAAAUCCGUACUACUUUGCAACAAAAGAAGGCCCAAAUGGCGCAAGUCGAGCAAGAACUCAAAGAAAUCCGAGCAAGUCUUAAAGAGAACGACGAAAAAUUACAAAAAUUGAAAAGUUCAAAUUCUAGUCUGGAAGAUCGGAUGCGGAACCUGGAGGGCCAAGUCCAAGAGGAACAAACCAGGCAGAAGGAAAUCGCGACGAGAGACGAGUUCGACAAGCGGAAAGUCAAGGAGUUGGAGAAACGAUUGAGUGAGGCUAGGGGUCAAGUGGCGACUAAGCAAACCGCGGUGGGGAACUACACGCAACAGGCGACCAGUUUGGGGGAAAGACCGGAAACAUUGAGGAAAGUCCACGACAUCGCGACAGAGAUAACCAACCUCGAAAAAUCCGUGCGAAAAAUCGAAGUCACCACCGAAAACACCGACGAACUCGUAGACAAGUACCAACAGAUGCAGGAAAAAUUCACCAAAAUAUCCGCGCUCUUGAACUGCUUGAAUAACGAUAUUAGAGAGCUAAACACGGCGAUUGAUAAGAGAAGUCGUCACUACCAACUAACUGAGAACUUUUUCAUAACUUUCAUCAAACACUCGUUCAAUAAAAUAAUGGAAGUGCGCCAGUUUCAAGGGUCAGUCGACAUUGACAUGCAAAGCAAGAAAUUGGAUUUAGUUGUGGUGCCACAACAUGGUUCUCAGGGGUCCACGACGACUGCAAACCUGUCAGGAGGGGAACGAUCCUUCUCCACAGUGGCGUUCCUGUACGCUUUGUGGCAAUGCAUGGAAUUCCCGUUUUAUUUUCUGGACGAGUUUGACGUCUAUAUGGAUAAGUUAAACCGAACGAAAGUCUUAGAUAUUUUGAUACAUCAUGCAGAGACCCAUCCAGAGUUGCAGUUCGUGUUUCUAACGCCCCAAGACGUGUCUUUCGUCAAGAAAAACGUUACCAUUUUAAGGUUGCAGGAUCCUGAACGGAACCCGGUUUGAUAUUACCAUAGUUUAUUUAUUUGCUGCUUGCAGCGUCUACUAGAUUUUUUAAACAACUAAUUCUGUAUUUAUAAAGUAUAUUUUUUCUAUCAAAAAAUACAUAGUUUCAUAGUUGCAAAAAUA